AUGUUGGAAGGUAAAGCUGUGAUAGAGGAUACUGACAUGCCCCUCAAGAUGCAGAUCCAAGCCAUGGCAUCUGCUUCUGAAGCUCUUGAUCUCUACGAUGUUUUGGAUUGCACAUCCAUUGCUGCCCACAUUAAAAAGGAGUUUGACACGAAGCAUGGUUCUGGAUGGCAGUGUGUGGUGGGAUCGAGUUUUGGCUGCUUUUUCACCCAUUCCAAGGGAACCUUCGUGUACUUUACUCUGGAGACUCUCAAUUUUCUCAUCUUCAAAGGAGCUUCUUCCGGUCAUAUCUGAGUAUAUUCUCAUGGCUGUAAAUAAAAGUUCCAGCAAGGGGCAAUAUCAAGAACAUAGCUAGGCAAGUUUAAAUAUAUGCAGCAACUCCAGAGUCAUUAGCGAUUGGACCCUUUUAAUAUGUUUUGAAGGGUGAUGAUGAUGUUCUUUUUUACUUUGUAUAUAAUAAUGAUAAGUUCAUGUUCUUCAGUUCAUCUUUUUGCUGUUUUGGAUAA